GUAAAUUCUUAGAUUAUGAAACAUCAUAUCCAAAAGAAAAGAAAAUUUUGAGCGUAAUUUGAUUAUUGAAUCAAAUAUCCCUAAAAUUAUGUAUUUUUUCGAGAAAAUUCAAUAUGAAAUUAAAUCUCUUUUCCCUGGGCCUAGGGCGGCCGCCCCUCCUGCCCUGCCUCAGGGACGGGCCUGAUGUUUGAUUUUGUAGUUUUGAUUGAUUGUGUGUGGUUUUGUAGUUUGAAUGGUGUCAGACGCUAGCAAGAAGAAGGCUGCUCAGAAGAAGGCUGCUCAGAAGAAGGCAGCUGUGGCGGCGAAAAGAGGAGGUAAAGCGCCUGCCUCAUCGAAGGCGGCAGCUCAAAGUGUUGAUAAGGUUACUGAAGCAGCUGGGGAUAUGGUGAUUUCUGAUCGGAAUUGUACCUGUAUUCUUUGCUCGCAUCCUAUGUCAAGAGAUGUUGGGAUAGAGUCUUCUUCAGUUACUUUUCAUGGGCAUGAUCAAAUAGAUCUGAUUGACUCAAUGCUGGAGCUGCAUUAUGGAAGCCUAAAGCGUACGCCGCUUUCUGCUUUGACUCAUUUAAGUCCCAGGGAGAGAACUUCUAAGCAUUCAAAGAAGUAUAUUCCAUUGGCGGUCAAAGCUUUAGAAUACUACAAUUCUAAGGAGCACAAAAAUCUAAAGUUUGUGGGAGUAUGUGUUGCCGCUGAGAAUGGUGACUACGUGCAUAUCAAUUUCCAUGGCAGUUCAGAUGAUGCUUCGGAGAAACUACUUUUUGCUGAAUUAAAAUACUCUAAUGCAAAAGAAAACGAUUGUGAUACGCUCGAAGUGGAAGGGUGUUGUGUGUUGGAAAAAAUUGAUUUGGGAAACCCACUUGGUAGGAUAUGCUGUGGGGGAGUAAUUCAUCCAGGACCUAGAGAUGGAUUUCGUAUUAUUUCUGGAGAUCCUUUUAAGGAUUACAAAUUUUGGGACUAUCAUCCAUAUGCAUUUGAAGCAGUUAGCCAGUAUUCAGAGCUCACUACACAUUAUCAAAUGUUCCAUGAUUGUGCUAUGAAAGCCAUUGAUCACUACAACUUUCAUCAGGAUGCCAAGUUCAAGUUUGUGGAAAUGAUUGGUGGGGCUUCUCGCGUAUCUGAUGUCAAAAGGAUUAUCCAUAUCAAUUUCAAGGGCAAGUCGAGUUUCAAGCAAAAAGAAGUGUUGUUUUUUGCUGAGUUGUCCAUUCCAUUGUUCGAAAUUGAAGUAUCUUCCCGCUGGGAAGAUUACAAGAAGAGUUUUAUUCAGGUGAAAGGGUGUUGUCAGUUGAAGCUGCUUGAUUCUGGAAAUCCUUGGGGUAGAACUUGCGGAUUAUGCUAUGGAAGAGUAAAGCAUCCUGGUCCAAAAGAUGGUUACUGUAUUGUAGCAGGAGAUGAAUUUAUUGGUUCUGAUUUUAUGAACAUUGGUCUUGGUAUCUAUUAGAGAGUUAAAUAGACGUAUUAGUGAUUUGACUUAAUGAUUGUAUUAGUGGAUUCGACUAAUUGUAUUAAUUGGUCGUAUACUCGUAUGAAAGUGUUUGGUAAAUAUUUGAUUACCUAAAGUUAUUUGAGUAAAACUACAAAUAAGCUAAUUGUGGGGCAAGUAGUUGAUAAUUUGAGAUAA